ACGAAAACACUUCUCAUUUGCUCAACAUUUUCUGUUUUCUUAAACAUACUAUACUAAUCAUAAGCUUGACGUGAUCACACAUGAAUGAAAAUCAAAUCGAGCAUAAUUAAAAAUGGCGGUAAUUGAUUCUGAAAGUGGUGAUUCAACCUCAGUUUCAAUUCAACAAAAUGUAAACGAUAGAGAUGCGUCCAAGAAAGUUAAAAUAGACGGAUCUCAAACUCGAUGGAUCAUCAUUACAUUGGUAAUGUAUUACUUCCUGGCAGAAGGAUUCACAAAAACAUGUUUUGGACAAGUGAACAACAUUGUGGCAAGAUUUUUCGAUGUUAGUUUGGAGUAUGUGGAUUGGCUGACGCUGGCUCCGGCUGCUUCCAGUGCAGUAUCGUUAUUUUUUAUGACUUGGAUGGCAGCUUCUGGAUUAGUGGGACUUCGAAGAUGGUGUCUCACUUCUGCUGGGUUCAUCACGUUGUCGUUUGCUUUCACAGUGACAGGAGUUCUCGGAAGGCACUUAUUUCCAUUGGCUGUGCUCGGGCAAAUUCUAGCUGGAACAGUUCAUGCCAUCAAUUUUUCACUGGCGCCCUUAAUGGCUUCAAGUUGGUUUCCUGAGAAAGAGCAACCGACAGCAAUUGCGUUAACUUACGCAGGACUGAACGCUGGAAAUAUAGUAGGAUUGUUGAUUCCGGCAAACGUUGUACCAAAAACAAAUGACACGAAUGGUACGAUGAUGUCGCUAACUAUUGACGGCGAAAUCGAGUGGGAUGAAAAAAUUUCGAUGGCCCUGACAGCAAUAUUUUCGUCAUUUCUGGCAGCAUCGCUUGUAUUUGGAUUUUUUUCGUUUCUUUUUAUAUUUGAUGCUCCAAGUCCAAUGCAGUUACCUGAUAAUCAGACAGUAGUGGAAGAAGAAAGAUAUCAAAUGCGCAAAAAGAAGAGAAAGGAGUCAGCUUUUCAAAUCCGGAUCAAUAAAGCAAGGAGUGCUACAAAAGGCACAAUCGCGGUUUGGGUUCAGUCAUCGAAAAACCUCCUGACAAUGAGGAAAUUCAUGGUAUUAGCGAUACCAUACGGUAUUUUAAUGCCGCUGUGUUUGAUAUGGUUUGUUCUCAUGUCAGAUAUGCUUCGUUCAACUCGUUUUGAAACUGUGAUAUUUUUAGACAUUUCAGCAGAAAACAUUUCAACAUCGAACGCUCUUUUUAAAACAUCAUCAAAUGUAAUGGCCGGUUAUGCCGUGUCAUUGUAUUGCGUUGGCGGACUAAUCUCCGGAGCAUUUACGGGAAAAGUUGCACAACUUUUCAAUUUUCAUUAUGCUAGAAUAUCUUGCGGUGCCACUUGGGGCGUUGUUAUGGCUUCGGUGGGAAUAUUUGUUGGCUUUUCAGUAGGUUCUAUCGAAUGUAUAUUUGUAUUUACAUUAAUUUUUGGCCUGUUCGUGCCAGUGGCGGCUACGGCUCUAGUUGCUUUAGUCAUAGAACGCGUAACAAGUGAAGACCGUCUAACGGUUGGUACAUGGCUUGCGAUAUUUUCGUCAGCAAACGCGUCACUCCUUCCGUUAUUUGGAAGAAUAUUUUUCGAAAAUUUUGGCCCUAGUUCAAUUUGUAUUUUUCAAAUAACUCUUGCGACAGUUCUAGCCAUUUUUCUUAUUUUUGUUGGUCGCUUUCUACAAUAAGCGGAUUCACGGCAAUUUUGAAACUUUUUGCCAGAAUUCAAAUCUCGACUAUAUGCUUGUCAGUUCAAAAUACUUAUUGUUUAUACCGGUAAUUAUAUUUUUUAUGGAUUGCUAACAAUAAGUUGAAUUUAUUCAAAUCUACGAUAAAAAAAAAUUGGCCACCGCUGAUUUUUCAUUAUGCAUCUUUGAAAGCUUUUCCUUGCUUAUUCAUUAUUUUUUUAUAAUUAUUUUUUAUUGUUUCAUUUUACCACUUUCUCGUCUCCUCAACUUCUUCAUUUACCUAUAUUUCUCAUUUAUAUAUUAUCAAAUAUUUUGAAAUUCUCAACAUGAGAUCUGUAUCAGUUUUGAUUAUGUAGCAUAUUAGAAAUAAUGUUGAUAUUUUAAUUUAAAAAUGCAUGACGUACACAGAAUAGACCUCUAUUUGUUAAUUUGUACCAUGUUCAAUGUUGCGCAUAUCAAUAUUGGAACAUAAGGUUUUGUAUCAUUCAGUAUGCAGGAAUAAAUGGUGAACUGCUUAGUAAAGCUGUUCCCACACACUCCUGGUAGGGCAAGAAACCGUUCUCAGUGCCUCCUCCGAAGUGGGCUACUGCACUUCAUCCAUGCAUAAUCCUGUGUUUUUCGCAGCUGUAUAUUCUGUUACAACUACAUUUAUAUUUUACUAUCGAUAGGUAAUUUGACAGUCUCUGUGUAAAGUGUGGAAUAUUUGUAUUUCUUUUUUUUAGUUAAUCAUGCACUUUGUUCAAUUUUCUGUUGGUAGUGAUGUAAAUAAAACGGUUCCAUUAUCUUUGAACUCGCGUACAUUU